AUGGAUUGUGGUUUUCCAGCACUUCCAGAGUCGACAAAAAUCAAUGUUUAUAAGAAACGUUAUGAAGAAUACAGUUUUAUUCAAUAUGAAUGUGAUUCCGAAGAUAAGGUUCUUAUCGGUAAUUCUACGAUAAGAUGUUUUAAUGGAAAAUGGUUGGGAAGUCUACCUAAAUGUGCUAUUGAAACACAUUCUCGAUUGAAAUAUUUAAAAAUUCCCGAUAAAAAUGGGAAUCCUGUGAUCAGAUUCUUUAGUUCAUCGACUGAAGACUGUUAUCAGCCAUCUUUUAAAUGGAAUCUUACGGCCACUCAAAGGAUAUCCAUUCAACUGGAAAGUGAUGUUUCAAUUGACUACUUCUCCAUUAUUUUAAAGUCAAAGAGUUUGAUAAAUGGUUUGUUGUUGGGAGACAUUUCCAUAAAAUCUCGUUUAGCUAAACCUCGUAAAAAGUGUUACAAUGAAAAUGUUGAACCAAUUGAUGAUAAUUUACAUAAAAUUAAAGUCUCAUUUAAAUGUUUUGAGACAUUAGAUGAAAAUCUYUCAUUAGAUUCAUUAGAUUCUAUAAAAUUGAUUUCAUUUGAUAUACAAUCAAAAUCAGAAAUUUUGGUAACAUUUUGCUCAUUAAAGACAUAUUCUUUAAGUGAAUCCUGUGGUUCACCGGAAAAGCCGUUGCAUUCAAUUGAGUUAAUACGCGAAAAGUCGUUUACUAUCUUCGGCUGCGAAGAAGAUUUUUAUUUGGAUUCAAUUAGCAGUCAAAAAGUGAUAUGUAGUCAAUCGGGUCGUUGGAACGUUCAGUUCCCCCGAUGUUUGGCCAAAACAUUUUGUCCGUUGCCGGCAAUGGAUGGCACAGAUCACUACAUAAAUGUAGAGUAUAUUAAUUUAAAUUACUUGAACGGAACCCCUCACGCAGAGACCAAAUCAAUGGCCAUCUAUUCGUGUUUAUUGACAAACAAUUCAAGUAUUGUAUUAAAAGGYGAUAAUAAAAGAGUUUGUGUCAAAGGUUUUUGGAGCGGUUCUCAACCAAAAUGUUUGCCUAAGAAUACUGUCAAUUGGCAUAGACUUCAUAUUGUUAUCAUAUCAAUGUUGGUCUCAUUCCUGAUCGGCGCCUUCUUUAUCGGAUUAGUUGUCUAUUGGGUAAUGAAAAAUGUUAUGAGAAGACAUCGACAGUCCACUCAUAAUAUGCCAUCAGUUAUUAUAAGUGAAUCAAACAAAUAUUAUGAUACAAAUAUAUAUGAAGAAUAUGAAUACGAAUCCAUACGUUUGAAUUCAUUGGAUUUAUUUGAAUUGCAAAGAAUUAACUCUUUAUAUCAGUCAAACUCAGAGCCAUAG